AUGGGUACGGCUCAGCAAUGUAGCCCGAGCGAUCCCUACUUUUUCGGAGAAGCCUACACCACAUGCAACAACAGAAUGCAUGUCACCGUGAGUUUUUUUUUCAGUUCUGGAACCUUUAGGAGUUUCAUGGACGUUCAGGUUGCCGCCCGAAUUAUUCUUGCCGUGGAAAUCUUUCUGCUGUUCAUCACAGUUGUCAUAGUUCCCCUAACUAUCGGAUUCUUCGACACAAUCUCUCUGUUUCAAGUCCUGGUUAUGGGAUCCAUCUGGAUGAUGGCUGUUGUUGCCUUGGCAAGACAUAGGCACACUUUGCUUUGGCCUAUUAUUAUUCUCAAAGUGAGUUUUUUUUUCAAGUUCAAGUUUCGAAAUCUUCAUGAAAUAUUUAUUCAGAUCUGUGAAAUAAUCCUCGGAGUGUUCCUGAUAGUCAUUGUCGCACUGCUAGCUGUGGUUAGGAGACGUGUCCUUCUCCGUCUCAUGCAAUGGAGGAUAACGACAAUAGAUCGUAAGAACCACGUAAAGAAACCAUCAACAUUAACUUUUUUUCAAUUCCAGAUUCCAACCAAGGAAUUCACAUUGUCGGGUUAUUGCUUUUCAUGCUUGUUCAGAUUGUGUACAACACAAUUGCAGUCCAAACGCUGUGGGACGUGUUUGAAUAUCUUCGACAACGAACAAUAUUUCUCUACAAUCAGGAGCGCUCACAAGUUCAUCAGUAUUUCUUGUGA